UCAUUUUCACGCUCGAAACCAUCAUGUCGCAGUCUGGUCGAGACCACGUGACUCACCCUGGCCAGAGCCAAUCGACUAACCAUUCCCCACGGUGUGCAACACCACCUCCUCCGGUCACGAAUGUUACGAACUUUCUUCAAAAUCCGGAGUUUAUUCAAGGUUUGACUUCACUAAUAGCUCGAGCCAUGCCCAGGAACUCGAAUACGAUACCGUUAUCGAUGCCGUUAACUACUAACCCAACAGAACAUCCAACCCACACUCAUCAUGACCAUGAAACACAUGUAGCGACAUCACAUUCUACGUCGCAACCUCAUCAUACUUCUCCACGUCGAGAAGAGCGGACACAUGUAACUGCUAAUCCCGUGGUGAACAAUCAAGUCCCGGAUCAACCUCCUGUGCAGGAGAUGACUGCUGAAAGUCAUUCUGCUCAUCACCAGAGAGUUUCGCCACGUCCUAGACCCAUUUCGUCAGCACCUCACGCUCGCGAAGAUUUACGGCGUCAAAUUGAGCGGAAUCGACUUUCAAGACAUAGUGCAGAGGAAAUUGAAACCCUUCGUAAACGUUUGGCUGAACUUGAGACGCGACAGAAGUCACAAGAAGAUUCACCCCGACAUGUCACGAUGUCGGGAAAUGUUAUUGUCGAGGCGGAUUCUCCUUUAGCCCCCGAACUUACUGCGGAGGCACUCCCUGUAAAAGUGAAAAUCCCACAAAUCGGCAUGUAUGAUGGGACAUCAGAUCCAGAUGCACAUUUGGGCCAUUAUACGUCCUGGAUGGAUUUACAUGGGGCUUCAGAUGCUCUGAGGUGUCGGAUGUUUUCACUUACACUGGGGCCACGAGCCCAAAAAUGUCUGAUGUUGCUGUCAACCUCGCGUAGCUUUCAUAUGAUUGAAGAACAAGUUGCUAAUAACUCCGUUGAGCCGAGUGAUUCAAUUUUUGAUGCUGAAAGAAUUAAUCAAUUUAUUCCAAGUACUGACGUGUCUCAAGAAGAUACCGACAUGCCGUUUACUGAUACCGACAUCCCUAUGAUGUCGGUUUUGCCUGAAACAUUAACUGAAGUCCUCAAUCAAGAAUCACCUUUUCGUGAGAAAGAUGCAGAAAUGCAUGAAGAUAUGGAUCCACGGAUGCAGUUCAAGGAUGGAGGUCAUCAUGUCCGGGCGGAACCAGUUGAAGAUAUUGAAACCAUUUACGUGGACGGAUCGGCUCAGCAGAAAUCGCUGCGCAUUGGGGCCAACCUGCAAGAACCCAUUCGAUCAAAUCUAAUUCAGUUUCUCCAGUCGAACUCCAAUGUGUUCGCCUGGAAGCAUGAAGAUAUGAAAGGAAUUGACCCACAAAAAGCAUGCCAUCGUCUAAAUUUGGACAAAACUGUCAAACCCGUUAUUCAGAAACGCCGGAAAUUCGGCCCAGACCGUCAGAAGGCCCUUGAAGAGGAAGUAAACAAGCUCAUAGACAAUAAAUUUGUCAAAGAAGCCAAGUACCCGACGUGGAUAUCGAAUCCUGUCUUGGUUAAGAAAGCCACCGGCCUUUGGCGUCUCUGUAUAGAUUUUUCAGACUUGAAUCAAGCGUGCCCGAAAGAUAGUUACCCCAUUCCACACAUUGAUUACAUGGUAGACGCUACGUCAGGACAUCAACUUAUGAGUUUUUUGGAUGCCUAUUCAGGCUACAAUCAGAUUCCCAUGCAUCCUGAUGACGCCGAACAUACCUCGUUCUAUUCAGCUCGAGGCCUUUAUUGUUAUGUUAUGAUGACUUUUGGAUUGAAGAAUGCAGGGGCCACAUAUCAGAGAUUGGUCAAUAAGAUGUUUGCUCGCUUAAUCGGCCAUACAAUGGAAGUUUAUGUAGACGACAUGUUAGUGAAGUCGGAACAGGCCUCUGACCAUAUCGCCCAUCUCUCCGAAGUCUUCGAUAUACUCCGAGAAUAUUCCAUGGUGCUUAACCCCAAGAAGUGUACUUUCGGAGUUGGAUCAGGAAAGUUUCUAGGAUACAUGGUGAGUCAGAGAGGGAUCGAAGCCAAUCCCGCCAAGAUUAAAGCCAUACUUGACCUAGCUCCCCCGACAUCUCUCAAAGGUGUCCAAGCGUUAACUGGUCGACUGGCAGCCCUUAAUCGGUUCAUCUCAAAAUCUACGGAUCAUUGUAAACCGUUCUUUGACGCUAUCAAAAAGAAUAAACCAUUUGAAUGGACCACGGAAUGCCAGAACGCUUUUGACAACAUUAAAGAAGUUCUUUUACGAUUACCGACGUUGCAGAAACCACUUCCCGAUGAGCCUUUGUAUUUGUAUCUUGGUGUAAGUGACGUUGCUGUUAGUGCUGUUCUCAUACGACAAGAUGGAUUUCAACAGUUUCCGGUGUAUUAUGUUAGCAAGGCUUUACACGACGCUGAAUUGCGGUAUCCGCAUAUGGAGAAGUUGGCCUAUGCUCUGAUCAUUGCUGCACGAAAGUUGCGCCCAUAUUUUUUGGAGCAUUCAAUUGUUGUGUUCACGACAUAUCCUCUCCAACAAGUCCUUCACCGACCUGACACGUCGGGAAGAAUGAUUAAAUGGGCAAUUGAGUUGGGACAGUUCGAUAUUCAGUACCGACCACGAACCGCUAUCAAAGCUCAA